UGGACCGGGACACGGAUGUCAUAACGAGUCUGUUACACCUGUGGUUAUUCUACGGUUGUUCUUCUCCAACAGAACCGGAUCUCUCGGCCGGAUCUCCAAAUUCGGAUUCGGAUCAGAGCAAUUCGUCCAGUCCGCAAAACUGCCUCAACGCGCGCGGAAACCGAAUCGGUUUCAAGGUGUGCGUGUGAAGAACACGGUGAAAGAACUGAUUAUGCAGAAGCGACAUCACGAUGUACAGGCACAGCAGUAUCACAUUGACGUUGAUUGUCCUGACAUAAUUCGAGUGCUGCAGACAACAAAGAGACGAGCGGAGAAUAUUUCACACACUCCUGUUAAAAGACCAACAACAGACGACACAAACAUCCUGUCUCCAUGCAGUGACGGCUUGUUCAGUGAGUCUGAGAUGUUGGAGGAGAUCGGUGACGUCCUGACAAAAGAUCGACUCUCCAUUGAUUCUGUGACAGUACAAGGGUUUGUCCCAGUUAUUCAGAAAUACAUGCAGACUAGCGGCCGACACGUCAACACGGAGAGAGUGAACUAUGAUGGACUCACAGCUCUACAUAUUGCAGUUCUGUCCCAUAAUGCCGUGGUGCAGGAGCUGUUGUGUCACGUGACCCCGUCCUCGGCUCACACUGUCAGUCUGGUCCAGAGGAGGAAAGAGCUGAGUGACUGUAUCAACAUGCUGCUGCUCAUGGGAGCUUCUCUUGAGACCAAGGACCAAAAAAGCGGCCGCACGGCUCUGCACAUCGCUGCUGAAGAGGCAAAUGUUGAGCCGCUGCGUGUGUUUCUGAACCAGUCAAACUACUUCUCUGUGAUAAACGCAAAGGCGUUUAACGGGAACAUGACGCUACACAUGGUGAGUGCUCUACAGGGUCGGCAAACUCAAGUAGAUGCGGUUCGGUUACUGCUGCAACGAGGAGCUGAUCUGAGUACAAAGAACCUGGAGAAUGAGCAGCCCGCACAACUCGUGUCCGACGGUCCGCUGGGAGAACAGGUGCGCCAGAUACUGAAAGGUCGAGGAGGGCAUUCCCGCUCAUGAGCGCCAGUCCGAUUCUUUGAGAAACGCUGUCAGUCAGACAGUUCGGUCUGUACAGAUUAAUUUGCCCAUCAGGCAGAUGUCGGUUGUUUCUAUGAAACAGUUUCAUCAUUGUUCACUACUGAGUAGUCGACAGCACAAGAACGAGAGAGCAACAAUUCAGAGAAAGUGUCUGAACAUCAGACGGAUCCACAGAAUGUUCUCAUGAAUGUAUUCAGAAAUAACAAAUCUAAAACAAUCAGAUUGGUAACAACCAUUGAAGACAAAGUGUAAGAAAGAAACUGAGUGAGUUUGAAUCCAGAUUCAGUAACUGGAGUGAAUGGUAAAUUUUGUGGUUCAGGAAUAGCUCUGAAAUGUUGCAUUUGAUUGGUGUGUAAAAGUCUGGUUACUGUAAUCUCAGUGCAAUCUUCACAUUAUUAUUUUCAUCAUUUUAUUAUAAAUUUUUUGUCAAUGUGUUUGUGUUUCGUGAAAAAACGAAAGAGGUUUUUAACUUGGUGGUUCGUCUGUUAAACAAACAUGACGAGUUUAAUCUGUAACUUUAAACCUGAUGAAACAGAACGUUCCAGAUACGUGACGGGCAUAUGUUCAUGCACUGUGUCUUUGGGAAUUUAUUUAAUUGCUGAUUAAUUCUUUGUGGGAUCACAUGACUGCAGUUGGACUCUCUUUAUAAACCCUUUAAUUAUUCUAGAUUAAUAUUUUAUUUGUUCUAUUCUAUUGUAACUUAAUCAAGUUCAACAGUAAAACUCUGAUGUAAACUGACAUAAACAUGAUUCAAGAGUUUAAUGAAAACAGAGAGAUGAUGUGAGUGUACAAUAGCUCGACAUGAUAUUGCUGAUGUAUUUAUGUUUUCAUGGUGAUGGGAAUUUUAUUCUGUAUUUGUUUCGUACAGCAUUAUUCUGUUAUUCAUAAGGAGGGUUUUUAAAGUGUAUUUUAUCAAUGUAGUGUCUUUUCUUUGUGAAGUUUAUUCAGGUAAUUUGAUAUUCUGUAUGUUUGAAUUGUCAACUGUAAUUGAAUCUCAAAUAAAGAUUAGCUGUAAUCGACUUUUCUCAUGGGAGUGUUUCAUUGACACA